UGCCGGUACUCAGCCCACUACAGUUCUGCAGGGGAAGAGCUUCUUGUCUGGGCCGCCUCCUCUACCGGCACUGGUAAAGGGUUUCUCUUCUCCGAAUAGCUUCGCUGCGAAAUACCCAUUCAAGUGGUAAGUUCCCCUCCAAGCACCCACUGCGCUCCGGGCGGCUUUUGGCGGCUUCCGCCGCUGUGGUGAAGGGAGAUCUAAGCACAAGAAGCAUAUUGAUUAUUGAACCACAUUGUAGUCGACCUUAAUUAGUAAGAGAGGGAUUUUGGAAGAGGCCAGCCACAUCUUACACAGACUCAACCCACUUUGGCAUGAGAGAGAAGGAGACUGAUGCUAUCCAGUGGAAUUGGCCUUUCCAAAGGGGUACAACUACUACAAAAUGGAAUAGGAGUAACCUUACCCAUCCCACUCCUUAACUUCAGUGUUUCUCAAAGAUUGUCUUCACUGUGGAAUUCUACUCAACUCCGACAAUUUGUGGUGGAAGAAAAAGCUGUGCGAGGUGAUGGUUUCAGGAAGAAAAUUGAUACAUAUGCUCAAAUGAUAACAACGGAUGCACAAAUGUCAGUGACAACAACAAAGAAACAAAUGAAGUAUGUGCUGGUGACUGGUGGUGUGGUAAGUGGUUUAGGGAAGGGUGUAACAGCAAGCAGCAUCGGUGUCGUGCUCAAAGCUUGCGGGCUUCGUGUGACCUCAAUAAAAAUAGACCCAUACUUGAACACUGAUGCAGGGACCAUGUCUCCUUUCGAGCAUGGGGAGGUUUUUGUUCUUGAUGACGGUGGGGAGGUUGAUCUAGACUUGGGAAACUAUGAACGAUUCUUGGAUAUUAGACUUACCAAGGAUAACAACAUCACCACGGGAAAGAUAUAUCAGUCUGUUAUCGACAAAGAAAGACGUGGUGACUAUCUUGGAAAGACUGUUCAGGUUGUGCCUCACAUAACUGAUGCCAUAAAGAAUUGGAUCGAGUCAGUAUCAUCUAUUCCUGUUGAUGGAAAAGAUCAACCUGCUGAUGUUUGUGUAAUAGAGUUGGGUGGAACUGUAGGUGAUAUUGAAUCAAUGCCUUUUAUUGAAGCUCUUCGUCAAUUGUCAUUUUCUCUUGGAAAGGAGAAUUUCUGUCUCAUUCAUGUAAGCCUUGUACCUGUACUUGGUGUUGUUGGUGAGCAGAAAACGAAGCCUACACAGCAUAGUGUUCGAGAAUUGAGAGCAUUGGGCUUGACUCCUGACCUACUAGCAUGUCGUUCAGAUCAGCCUUUAAUAGAAGGUACAAAGGAAAAACUGUCUCAAUUUUGUCAUGUUCCGGUUUCUAACAUUCUCAAUAUCCAUGAUGUUCCAAACAUCUGGCAUGUUCCACUAAUACUUAGGAACCAAAAUGCUCAUAAAGCUAUCUUGAAGCAGCUAAAUUAUCUCAGUAUUGCUAGUGCCCCAGAUUUACAGAACUGGACACAGAUGGCAGAGUCAUAUGACAACCUUACUAAUUAUGUUAAAAUUGCUAUGGUCGGGAAGUAUACCGGACUGAUGGAUUCUUACCUAUCUGUUGUCAAGGCUCUUUUACAUGCCUGUGUUGCUUGUUCUUUAAAACCGUCAGUUCAGUGGAUCGCAGCUUCAGAUCUUGAGGAAGAAAAUGCAAGAUUGGCACCACAAGUACAUGAUGAUGCGUGGGAAACCCUCAGAAGCUGUUCAUGCGUUUUGGUUCCUGGUGGAUUUGGUGACCGCGGAGUGCCAGGAAUGAUUUUGGCUGCGAAGUAUGCUCGGGAGAAUAAUAUUCCAUAUCUUGGAAUUUGUUUGGGGAUGCAAAUUUCAGUUAUUGAGUUUUCUAGAUAUGUUUUAGGGAUGGAAAGAGCAAACAGUGAGGAAUUUGAUCCUCUGACGCCUUUUCCUGUUGUAAUCUUCAUGCCUGAGGGUUCCAGAACACACAUGGGAAGCACAAUGAGACUUGGUUCACGGAGAACCUUCUUUAAGGAUUCCACUUGCAUUUCUUCAAAGCUAUAUGGAAACUCCGCCUUUGUGGAUGAGCGUCAUCGUCACAGAUAUGAGGUAAAUCCAGUUAUUGUAGGACAAGUGGAAGCUGCUGGCUUAAAUUUUGUGGGCAGUGAUGAGAGUGGAAAGCGAAUGGAGAUUCUUGAGCUAGCAGGCCAUCCUUACUACAUUGGUGUACAGUUCCAUCCUGAAUUCAAAUCAAGACCUGGGAAGCCCACAGCAGUAUUUUUAGGGCUUAUAUUAGCUGCUACAGGCCAGUUGCAAGCUCAUCUGAAGGAGCUUUAGUGAUAUGCUGAUAUGUCCAAUGUUUCUUCCCAGGCUCCCAGGUCACUUGCACUAUCUCCCAUCUCCAAGACCUGUUUCUCUUCUUCCCAAAACCUCAAAGAUAAUUUUUUUUUUUAAUGUGGUAGAAAGUAUGAAAUGAUAUGCUUAUAUUAUAAAAAAAAAUUGUGAGAAUUAGAUGAUGGCGAUCUCCUGUAUUUUUAAAUAAAAUAAUGUGGUAGAAAGUAUGAAAUGAUAUGCUUAGUUCAGGAUGCCA